AUGACAAGGAAUUCCUCCCAGGUUUUAUAUUUUACUCUUAGUGCAUAUGUGGAGACUGGUUCUUUGAAAUACUUCUCUUUCAUCAUCGUCCUGUUUCUGUAUGUUCUGAUCGUUGGUUCUAAUAUUCUAUUAAUUAUUGUUAUCUGUGUCAACAGGAGCUUACAUGAACCGAUGUACAUCUUUCUGUGCAGCCUGUUUGUCAAUGAACUGUACGGCAGCUCAGGCUUGUUUCCCUUCAUGCUGCUUCAGAUCCUCUCUGAUGUUCACAUUAUUUCGGCUCCACAUUGUUUCCUGCAGAUAUUCUGUAUUUUUACUUAUGGAAGUGUAGAGUUCAGUAACUUAGCUGUCAUGUCUUAUGACAGAUAUGUUGCUAUCUGCCGUCCUCUGCAGUAUAACUCACUGAUGACUCCUAACAGGAUAAUCUUUCUCUUAUCAAUCACAUGGUUGCAGUCUUUUUUCUUUGUUGGUGUCACCAUACUACUGAGCUCCUCUCUGCAGCUCUGUGGAUAUGUUAUAAAUAAGAUUUAUUGUGACAAUCACUCCAUCAUAAAACUAUCCUGUAAUGACGCCACGGUUAAUAACAUCUAUGAAUUUGUUAUGCUUAUUCUGGCAGUCUUUGUUCCUUUGUCUGUGAUUCUCUACACCUACAUGAGGAUCUUUAAGGUGUGUUUUUCUGGGUCCAAACAGACCCGGCAGAAAGCUGUCAGUACCUGCACUCCUCACCUCAGUUCGAUUAUCAACUUCUCUUUUGGUGUUUGCUUUGAAAUUAUACAGAGCAGAUUUAACAGGAAUCAAAUUUCUGGAAUACUAAGAACAAUAUUUCCACUGUAUUAUCUCACCAGCCAGCCACUCCUUAAUCCGUUUCUGUAUGGCCUGAAUCUGUCUAAAAUACGCUUCCUAUGUAAGAAGUUUGUUCUCAGAAAAGUUUAG